AUGUCGAAGAUGUACAAGCUGGAGAGAGAAACAGUGGUUGAUCUGCAUUGCUCUGAGGCAAAGUCAUUUGAGCAAGUGCUGAAUGACAUUGAGAUCAACAUAACGGAGUAUACCAAGGAAAGACUGGAGUUUGAUCUGAUCAAUGUUGACUGUUCUUUUGCCAAUGCUCUGAGGCGCAUACUUUGUAACGACAUUCCCACUAUGGCUGUUAGAGAUGUUCUUCUGAAGGAAAACGAGAGUGUAUUUCCAGAUGAGUUUAUAGCACACAGGCUAGGGCUGAUUCCUCUGGAGGCUGAUCCCGAGAUGUUUGAGUUUGCAGAGAAAGAACUGAACGAGAGGAACUCCCUUAGGUUUGUUCUUGAUGUUAAGAAUGAAAGCAAGGAUGUUCUUAAUGUGUAUUCGGACGACAUCAAGUGGAUUCCGUUUGGAAGCCAGAGAGGGACUUUGAAGGAUGUAAAGUUCAGCAGCAAGGUGCUCAUGUUCAAGCUAGCCCGAGGCCAGAGGAUAAGUGCCGAGUUGGUGUGCACCAAGAAUAUAGGGAAGGUGCAUGCGAAGUGGAGUCCUGUGUGUCCUGCAACCUAUAGACUCAUGCCACUCAUUGAGAUAGGAGACGUUUUUGAUGAAGAUGCCUACAAGCUUCAGAAAUGUUUUUCCGAGGGGGUUAUAGACGUGAGGCCGAGCGACGGAAGAAUGAAGGCCUAUGUCAACAACCCACGGCUGGACACGAUGAGCAGAGAGGCGCUUAGGCACGAUGAAUUCAAGGACAAGGUGUUUAUUGGAAGAAGGUCGGACUACUUCCUCUUCACAAUCAACAGUGUGUUUUUAGAUCCUUUGUACCUCUUAAAAAAGGCGGUUUUGAUACUCAUAGAGAAGAGUAGGGCCCUAAAAAACGAAGUCAAGGAUCUCUUAGAUCAAUAA